GCCAUUUGAAUCCAGCCAUCUUCCUCCCAGCCAACUCGUUCUUCCCCCCGCAGAUUUGACUCCCAAACUCUCCGCGUUUGCUCGUUGAUUUGAUCGGCCAUGGCUGACGAGAUUGAGCUGAAAACUGCCCCUGCGGAUUUCCGUUUCCCUACGACAAACCAAACCAGGCACUGCUUCACUCGUUACAUCGAGUUCCACAGGUGCAUAGCUGCAAAGGGUGAAGAGUCCAAUGAUUGUGGAAAGUUUGCAAAGUUCUAUCGUGCCCUCUGUCCUGGAGAAUGGGUCGAGAGGUGGAACGAGCAGAGGGAGAACGGAACUUUCCCAGGUCCCCUGUGACAAGCUGUGUUUGCCAUCUUCCCAUGCAAGAAACUCCAGAAUGGAACAAUGGUACAAAGUUUUAGACUUUUGUUUUUUGUUUUAUGGAAAAAAAGGUUGUUUGAUCUUGAUGAUGUCCUGAAAUCAACAGUGUCUCUGGUGUCUUUAUUUCUUCCCAAGGGUUUUCUUUCGAUGGUUUAAGAAAGCCUGCUAAAUAACUGGAGGGAUUAUGUUUACUAUUGCCAAUUGCCAUUAACUAUUAUUAUUGCUGGUUGGUA